CCAGGGCAGCCUGGGCAGGAAGGGUAUAAAGCCAGUAGGAUUCCAGUUUCACUACAUCAGGAGACAGCAGGUAGGAGAAGACGCCACAGACGGAACAGACCAUAUACUACUGUAGUGUACCUUUACAAGGAGCCAUGGUGAAGUGUGUAGCCGUAAUUCUGUCAGGGUGUGGAGUCUAUGAUGGGACUGAGAUCCACGAGGCGUCAGCUGUACUGGUCCACCUCAGCAGGGCUGGAGCUAAGGUCCAGAUGUUUGCCCCCAACGUGGACCAAAUGCAUGUAGUGAACCACUGUGAGGGGAAACCCACAGCUGAGAAACGCAACGUCCUGGAGGAGAGUGCUCGAAUCGCCCGCGGCGAUGUGUCUGACCUUGCCAAGCUAGAGAUCACCGCCUUCGACGCCCUCGUUAUCCCAGGUGGUUUUGGCGUGGCUAAAAAUCUGUCUGACUGGGCUGUGAAGGGGAAGGAGUUCACGGUUCAACCCCAGGUAGAGAAGCUGAUUAAGGGGUUCCAUGCUGCAGGCAAGCCCCUGGCUAUGUGCUGCAUCUCCCCUGUCCUAGCUGCUAAGGCCCUGCCGGGAUGUGAGAUCACCGUGGGACAGGACAAGGUGUGUGAGAGAUGGCCCCAUGCCCAGACGGCAACUUCCAUGAAGGAGCUGGGCUGUAAACACGUGAAUAAGAAAGUGGGGGAGGUCCACAUCGAUGUGAAGAACAAGCUGGUCACCUCCUCCGCCUUCAUGUGUAACGCUCCCAUACAUGAGGUGUUUGACGGGGUGGGCGUCAUGGUUACAGAACUGCUCAAACUGUCCUAGGACAUGUCUGAGAUUCAGAAUACUGAUUAGCUGUGCUUCUCAAAAGGCACCCUGUUCCCUUUAUAGUGCUGAUGUGACCUUCCCAAAAGGCACCUUGUUCCCUUUAUAGUGCUGAUGUGAUCUUCUCAAAACACACCCUGUUCCCUUUAUAGUGCUGAUGUGAUAUUCCCAAAAGACACUCUGCUCCCUUUAUAGUGCUGAUGUGAUCUUCUCAAAGACACCCUGUUCCCUUUAUAGUGCUGGUGUGAUCUUCUCAAAAGACGGGAAUCGGGAGCCAUUUGGGAAGUGACCUCACAAUCAUGUUUGUUGUUGUUGUUGUUGUUGUUGUUUGUUUACCUGGAGACCCUCCUGAUCGGAAUGUAAUGGACACACAGAAGAACCAGAAGAAGAUAGUGUUUCUGUUGCUUCAUCUGUCUGACUGUGGGAUGACUUGUGUUUUUAUCAACAUCGUAAUAAAAGUAAAACCAAAUUCUGGAA